GUCCCAGUAAUCCUACAUUUCUGAACAUAACUGCAAGCCAUCAAAUUAUACCGAAUGUGAAGAUGCUCCCGUCCAUCACAGACAUAGGGGUUCUCAACCUUUGCUUGUUAGGCGCAAGCCUCUUCACUGCGUGGUACAUCAUCUCAGCCGUAACCGCCUGGCACCGCCUUCGCUCUGUCCCUGGCCCAUUUCUAGCCAAAUUCUCAUACCUCUGGCUCGCACGCACUGCCGUCGGUGGUAGACAAUACCAAAUCAAUCGGGACCUAGGCAAGAAGUACGGACCCCUAGUCCGAGUCGGGCCCAAUGAGCUGUCUACCGACGACCCGGAAGUGAUCCGCAUGAUAAACGCCGUUCGCAGCCCUUACGGCAAAGAUCCCUGGUACCUGGCCGCGCGAUGGAACCCCUACCAGGACAAUCUGUUUACUCUGAUCGACAAUAACGCCCACGACAAGUUCAAGUCUAGGACGGCGAGCGCGUACAGCGGGCGCGAGACGGAGAUCCCCGCGUUAGAGCCGGCUGUAGAUGCCCAGGUUCUGACGCUGUUGAAUGUCAUUCGGAACAAGUAUCUGUUUUCGCCCGGUAAUCCCGCGGCGAAGCAUCUCGAACUUUCAACACUCAGCUGCUACUUCACUAUGGAUGUCAUCACCAAAGUUGCGUUUGGCGAGGAGUUCGGAUACCUCAAGUCCGAGUCGGACGUGUAUGAUUUCCUUGAGGGCGUCAAGAAUAAUUGGCCAUUUCUGUCUAUUACGGUCGAUGUGCCGUGGAUAAGGAACUUCUUCUACUCCCCGUUGUUUCUCAAGUACUUCGGGCCGAAGGAGACGGACGAGAAAGGGAUGGGCAGACUUAUGCGGGUGGCCAAACAAGCGGUGGCGAAGCGCUUCACCGAGGAAUCCAAAGGGGAACGAGAUAUGAUGGGCUCGUUCAUUCGUCAUGGCCUCACUCGGACGGAAUGCGAAGCCGAGGGGCUGUUUAUGAUUAUUGCAGGGUCCGACACAACCGCAUCUGCUAUUCGCGUGACCAUGUUGUACGUCAUGACACAACCACAGGUCUACCGGAAGAUAAAGGAUGUCAUCAUGCAGGCAAUUCGUGACGGCAACAUCUCUCACCCGAUUAGGUAUGAAGAAGCUGGGAAGAUCCCCUAUCUCCAGGCAAUCAUCUACGAAGGCCUGCGCAUGCGCACACCCGCCCCAGGUCUUUACCUUAAGACGGUCCCGGCCGAAGGCGAGGUGAUCCACGGCAAGUUCAUCCCAGGAGGCACGGCUAUCGGCAUGAACAACGCGUCGCUCCAGCGCUCGACCAAGCUCUUCGGUUCCGACGCCGACGUCUUCUGGCCAGAGCGUUUCCUCGAAGUCGAUGCAGAAACCAGGCUCGAAAUGGAACGCAAUGUCGAACUCGCCUUUGGUUAUGGGAGAUGGAUGUGUGCCGGGAAACCCGUUGCUUUCAUGGAGCUGAACAAGGUGUUUUUCGAGCUAUUGCGAGAGUUUGACUUUCAACUUGUUGAUCCCACCAAGCCCUGGGACUCGAGCAGCUACAGUGUUUUCAUUGAGGAGAACAUGUGGGUCAAGGUCACGCCAUCCAUUUCUGCGUAGGAUGUAGUUCAAGACGUCAAAUGCGAGUUUUUUGUGCUACGAAAUUGUAGUUGUAACCUGAACAACUACUCGCAUCCAACGAUAUCUGCAACACUGCUUUAGAUAAUUCCCUUUGCGUAAAAGCGAAGACUUUUUUAGUAUCCAGAUUUAGGCUUACGGUGAAGGUAGAUUGCCUCCGUAGAAGUGUCAGAGACGAGCUAUAAGUCUAGUGAACCGAAAUCAUUAUCUACGAG